CGUUCUCGCACCACCACGCUCUCUUACAAUACGGACCAUCGAAUGCGCAGUCGUAUCGCAACGCGCACGAACGAGAUAUAACCAACGGCCGACAACUGCCGCCACCCAUGGACGCGCUCGACGAAAGGCAGGCGGCCACGCAGCGCGCGGCGAGCCGGUUGCCAUCCUACAUCAAGUUCCCUGCAUUGACGCUCGUCUCGCUGGGCUUGAGCGCCUUCCUCUACACCAUUGUCGCAGACUACACCGGGCCCGAACUCGCAUCCGUCAGUCGCAACCUGGAAGAGCGAUGGCAGCUUUGGGCCAUCCUGGGCUGGAAGCUCGCUGAGCUGUUCGGCGCAUGGUAUCUGCGCUAUGAUUACAUGGACUUGGGCUGGUUGACUCUAUUGAGCAAUGUCCCGCACUACUUCCUUCUCAACACCUUCUAUGGUGUCGACAACCUCGCCGCACUCAUUCCUCUGGCCAUCGACGUCGUCACCAUUGCCAUUCCAUUCGCUCUCUUCCGCGGACCCAUCCACGCUCGCAAUUCGAAGAAGCCUAGGACAGCGAAUCAACUCGUGGCGCAAGAUGCUGGGAUCAACUGGACAAUCGCUGCCUUCGCCGCAAGCUUGUACACCCUGGUCAUCUAUCUCAGCUACUCCACCUGGCUGACAGUAUGGAUGACUGUGCACUUCGACGGGCUGAAGACUCUCGAAAAAGCUCACGACACUGUGCCAUGGCUGCUCGUACUUCUGUUACUCCCAGUUGGCUACGGUGCUACACAAUUCAUAUUCGUGCCAGCAAUCGGGUCCGCUGCGAACCCAGGACUUACAGACCCUAAGAUCCACCCAGAGCUGGCUCCUUUCAACCCAGAGACCGCAACGUUCACCGAAACUCUUGCGUACAACCUCGGCCUUAGUGCGGCGGGAUUCUCACCAAGAGCAGAAAUUCUCUUCAAGAGGACUGCGAUCCUCGCGGUUUCAUCAUUUGCCAACUCGUUCAUGCGAUCAUACCUUACCAUUGAAGGCACGGAUCUGCUCGGGACUGCUGGAUGGUCGAGUGUCUGGGCUGUUGCUUCGGCAUUGGCGGGUGCUGCCUUCGCUUGGGUUGGAGAUGAAUGAGAGGUGUCACUAUGCGGCAAAAUGUGCGAAGAAUAGCUGUAACAGUAGAGGGUAGCUUUUCUGGAUUCUGCUUUACCAUAUACCCUGGAAGCCGCAAGUGCGCGGUUGCGAAUGACGUUCUGAGAUAUGUAUGUUCACCACGCGGGAAAGAAGCUUCAACUACCAGA